AUGGCGAGACCCAACCUUCUCCUAUGCUUUGACGCAUUCGGUACUCUGUUCAAGCCGCGACACCUACCUGGCCAGCAAUACGCCGAGGUGGCCCGUAAAUGUGGCAUCACUGGCUUUAGCGAUGAUGAGCUUCACGCGUCUCUGAAAUCGGCAAUCAAGAGUGAGAUGAAGCAGAACCCCAAUUAUGGCAAGGCGACUGGCUUAGGGGCAACUAAAUGGUGGACGAAUGUCAUUCAUAAUACUUUCACGCCUCUCAUUGGCACAGACCAGAGCCUACCUCAAGACCUAGUGCCCAAGUUGCUUCAUCGCUUUUCAUCUAAGGAAGGAUAUGACGCUCAACCGAACCUCAUAUCUACGCUCAGAUGUUUAAAGCAAGGAAAAUCUCACAGAAGCUUCGAUCAAGUCAUCAUUGGAGUGAUCACAAACUCUGAUGAUCGAGUGCCGAGUGUCCUGUCGUCUUUCGGACUCAACGUGAGCCCCUUGCGAUACGGAAUUGAUAUAGAUCCUAGCGUAGUCGCGGGACAGACCUAUGACAUUGACUUUCAUUGCAUGUCAUACGAUGUCGGCGUCGAAAAGCCAGACAGGCUGAUCUUCGACGCCGCAGAGCUGAUGCUCGCACAGAUUGUCACCAUGCGAGAUAGCAAAGACCCAUCUAGCACCGGCGAGGAUCUUGGCACGUGGUGGAAAGUGUACGUGGGCGAUGAAUAUGCCAAGGACAUUGUUGGGUCCAAGAACGCAGGCUGGAAUCCUGUGCUCCUUGACGAAGGGGACCAGUCCACUGACAUCGCUAAACUGGAGGAUUGCACGGAGGAAACGAUUGACACGCUCUUCAAACAUCAUAAAGUUCUAAAGGUAUCUUCUAUACAGAACUUGGUCGCUUGGCUCACUGGUCAAAGGUAA